AUGGACGCGGUUCCGAGAACAGGGGCUGCCAGUGCUUCCCGUAGCUCAGCGGGGAGAGCGCGCGGCGCCUCUGUCCCCCUGGGAGUGGGACGCAAGGACAAAGGUCUAGCAGCCUCUCGGGAGCUUGCCCCGUCCGCCAAAGCCUGGGACAGCAGAGUAGGGCCGAGGGCACGAGCCAGUACGGUGUACGGUCUUCCCGCGGCACCGGGCAAGGGCACGGCCACGGCCGCCUUUUCCAACCCCGCCAUUAGCGCGCGCAGUCACCAGGGGAAAUGGAAAAGGCGGGGAGGCGGCGGCUGGCCUCCGCUGCGCCGCCCCUGGGCCGGCUCAGACGCCGUGAGUCAGGGGCCGACCGGGGCGGUCUGGGCGCGCGGGCGGCCCGGGGCUCACUCGUCCGCUCGGCUCCGGACCACGCGCCACGCUCUGGGGCCUGUCGCCCUGGCUCCCGCUCCUGCCGCCGCCGGACCCCGGUGGCCCGCCGUGCCCCGCUCCCGAGGGCCAGCCCGCAGCUGCGCUCCGAGUCGUCGGGGGACCGCGGCUGGAGCGCUCGGCCUGUGGGGCGGCGUGGAGGCCGCAGACUCCACAGAAAGUGCAACAGUGAUGGAGUACAUGAGCACUGGAAGUGACAAUAAAGAAGAAAUCGAUUUAUUAAUUAAACAUUUAAACAUGUCUGAGGUGAUAGACAUUAUGGAAAAUCUUUAUGUAAAUGAAGAGCCGGCAGUGUACGAACCUGGUCUGAUGACCAUGUGUCAAGACAGCAAUCAAAACGAGGAGCGUUCCGAGUCUCUGCUGCUUAGUGGCCAAGAGGUGCCUUGGUUGUCAUCGGUCAGAUACGGAACUGUGGAGGAUUUGCUUGCUUUUGCAAACCACAUAUCCAACACUGCUAAGCAUUUUUAUGGACACCGACCACAAGAAUCUGGCAUUUUAUUAAAUAUGGUAUGUUUUCUUCUGCUCAGUUGAGUGCUGUGUGCACAGCUUUACUAACUCAGCUUCGUUUAAUGCAGAGUGGCACUUGAACUUGGCUUAG